AUGGAGGUCACCGGGUCCAGACAGUCUGUCCGCCUUGGCAAGCAGGCUACUGAUGGAUGCUGCACACCAUGCCCAGACAGUGGAGAAACAGAAGGCCUGUCCAAGGUUCAGGAGGUCCUACAAUGCAACCAAAAUGAAGGCAAAACCCUGCAAACAACUACACCUCCGGAGGGCAAAAAUCGACGUAGCGUUGUCAGCCUUCCUGCAAUCAACCCAGAUAGACUGAGGACAGCCAAAGCCAUUGCAAAUAAAGCUGUCAAGAUGCAUAAGAUUUUCUCAAUCCAAGGCCCUUACCCUGUCAUCAGGGCAGGACUGAGGGCCAGAGGCUGGGUUGAGCAGCAUAUGUAUCGGCCCAAACAGCAAGCACACCAUCGUCAUAGUGAUGAGAGCAGGGCCAGCUCUAAUGAUGCUGGUGACAGCGAUGAUGAUGAUGAUAACUCAGAUGAUGUUGAAAAAGAGCCGGAUCCAGAUGGACUGAAUGAUCUCAUGUCUCGACUGGUGCGCAAUGAAAUGGUUUAUUUCUACUGGACAAACCGUAGAGAGACGAUCAACAGCAACAGCUUGCAAAAAGAACAAAUGAUCAAUCAUUUUGCAAAAGCAGGCAGCUUCACCACCAAGGUGGGAUUGUGCGUGAACCUGAGGAACCUGCACUGGUUUGACUCAGCUGACCCAGACACCUUCUUCCCCCGCUGUUACAGACUAGCAGCACAGGAUGAGAAGCAAGCUUUCAUUGAGGACUACAGGAGGACAGCCUGCAUCAGUCUUUUGAAGUACAUAGUGGAGAGGGAGCAGAAUUCUCAGGGAGAGGGAACAAAUCGCAGGAAACGAUGCAAACGGCAAUCUAGACCGGUGGUCCUUUCGCUAAUGAUUGACAAGGCUCUCAAAGUAUGCCAGGAGUUUUUAGAGAGUGUGGAGCACACUGAUAUAGACAUAAGCUUGGAGACACCAGACACACUUACACAGGAGGAGUGGACUGAGUUUAUUGACAAUUACUACUGUGUUGUUCAUGGCGAAGCCCAGAUCGAGAGCAGUAAUCAUUUAGUGACCUGCUGUAAGGCCAUGCUGCAGCAGCUGGCAGCAGUGAGUCCACAGCUGGACAUAGAUGGCACACACAACAUCUGGAUUAUCAAACCUGGAGCUAAAUCCAGGGGCAGAGGUAUCAAAUGCGCCAAACGUCUGGAUCAGAUCCUCAGGCUGGUGGGUAGUGAUUCAACCCUCACCAAGGACAACAAGUGGGUGGUGCAGAAAUACCUGGAGCGUCCUUUGCUGGUCUAUGGCACCAAGUUUGAUGUGCGCCAGUGGUUCCUGGUCACAGACUGGAACCCUCUUACUGUGUGGUUCUAUAAAAAGUGCUACCUGCGCUUCUCAACACAGCCUUUCUCACUAGAUAUACUGGAUAGCUCAGUCCAUCUGUGCAAUAACUCCAUCCAGAAGCAUCUGAGGCCCUCCCAACAACGCCACCGAGGCAUCCCAGCAGACAACAUGUGGUCAGAUGAGCAGUUCAGGACCUUUCUGUCCAGUCAGGGCCGCAAAGCCCAGUGGGAGACUGUGGUAGUCCCAGGGAUGAAGAAAGCAGUGAUCCAUGCUUUACAGACAACACAAGAUCUAAUGGAGUCACGCAAAAACACUUUUGAGCUCUAUGGUGCUGACUUCAUGUUAGGUCGUGACCUGCGUCCAUGGCUGAUCGAGAUCAAUGCCAGCCCCACUAUGGCUCCCUCCACAACUGUGACAGCCCGCCUCUGUGCUGCCGUGCAGGAGGACACACUACGAGUUGUCUUGGACCGAAGAACAGACCGCACUGCAAAGACAGGAGACUUUCAGCUCAUAUGUAGGCAGGCAGCCGUUGAAGUGCCACAGUAUAUAGGAGUCAACCUACUUGUUGAGGGCUUCAGGAUCAAACACCCCUGCCCACUUCCUCCUCUGAGGCCCUCCAACUUCUCAGCACCAAAACAUCGUGGCACCAUCAAGGAGAAGGAGACCGCAGCACAGAAAGUAAAGUUUCUGCCAAAGAUGUGGUCCAAGAGUGCAGAGGGUCGGCUCAAAAACACCAGCAGUGGAGGUCUUCCUCCUCCUCCUCCUCCUCCUCCUCUUCCUGAGCCACCUUUGCUCGUCCCUAUUGAAACCUUCACACUUCACCUGCCAAUGACUGUAAAUGAGUCCAUCCGCCUACCUGUACAUGCCUACUCAGACUCUGUACUUCUGUAUAAGAGGAGGACAGAAGUAUUAAAGGUCCCCUCAGAGAAAGUCCAAUCCUGCACCACAGAGAAGCACCAAGAUCUCUCUUUGCUUUUGGACAUAACCAUUCCAAAACAAUGCAAGCGAACAGUCACUGGUUCCUUGAGCAUCUGA